UACCACUCCUUUCGGCAGUGCUGGACACUCUCUCGUCUCCGAUUGGCUGCCUUGUGGGGCCUUUCCCCAGCGCUUAAUUACGCCGGAUACGCUGCUUUUCUGCCGGGCCCAACCAAAAAUUAACCAAUCAGCGGCCGUUGCUGUUUAGGGGUAGCCAUAGACACGUGUUCUUUCACGCUAGGUUACUGUGCGUACUUGUGCUGUGAUUAUUGCUCUGAACUCAAACAGAGAGAGAGACAGAUGGUGGGUUUGAUGGAGGUCUAGGGGGAAUGGAGAGUGGAGACCGAAGUAGCAUGACAAGAUGCGGUGGGGGUGUGCAGGAUAAGGCGAUAAUGAAUCGGAUGAUGCUCAGAUUCCGGCCGAUUGCGCCGAAACCGGCUGCCGGGGGCUCCGGUUCAGGUGGGUCAGCGGUGGAUAGCAAGAACGCGUUUGUUACGAAAGGAAGAGCGAAGAGAAAGUACGUUAGGGUUCGGAAGAAUAGUGGGUAUAAGCGAAAGAAAAGAAAAGCUGAGGAGGAAACGAAAGAAAUGAUAGAAAAGAAGGAUGGGUUGGAGAAGAGGGUGGAGACUCUGCAGCUUUUGCCUGAGAAAAGUGAACGAAAUGAGUCGCCGGAGAGUGCAUCUCGGUGUAACUUCGACCGUACGGUGACAAGAAAGGAUAGCCAGGAAAAUGGGGACGCACCCAUGUGGUUGAACUUCGAUAAGGGUGUAUGCAAGGACGGGGAUCGGACGGUGGAGACGCGUCCGAUGAUGAUGAGCGCAGUGGAGACGUGGGUGACAGUAGAGAGCGUGACAGACACCUGCAUGGGUGUGCCACUGCCAGCGCUAGGGAGUACGGACGUGGAGAGGAUGAGUAAUCUGGAGCAAGACACGUGUCCCGGGUUCGUAUCGGACGGCUCGAAUAGGGUGUUGUGGGUGAACGGGGCUUUUAAGAGGAUGGUGAGGCAGCAAAAUGACGGGCAGUCACGGGAGAUAAUAACGGUGUGGUUGGUGGCAAAAGAGAAGUUGCCGUACUCGUACACGGCCUUUAGUUGCCAGGUAAAGCUGCAGUACAGGUUGGGAAAGGAUAAGUGGUCGCAGAUAGUGCCUUGUGAUGUGUGGAGGAUGGACGGUGGAGGAUUUGCAUGGAGGUUAGACGUUGAAGCAGCCCUCAGUUUGGGCCGUUGAUUUAGGUCGAAAAGACACAGAAGUGUGAAGCAACAAGUCAAAAUCCCAGUGUACAUGUUGUAGGUAGUGGAUGAAGCCUUGUUUCGUAUAGGAAGCAAGCAGUUGAUGAUUAAGACGGGGAGCAACCUCAGUAAAUUAAACCAACGAAAGCAACUGAGAUGCUAAAUUUGUAUUAGAAGGCAUAUGCCGGCCACCCAGAGCAAGCAGAGAGUGGUCGGUUUUCACAGUGGGGCGGCUCAGGAAAUCUUGUCACAAAACUGUUGACAAUAUGUAGCACUACUACUACCUGAUUGGUCUGUUGUGAAUGGUUCUUUUAUCUCCUUCUGGGAAUCAUUGGCAUUUGAAUAUAGCUUCUAAGUAUCAUGGAAAUAUUUGUAGGUCUCUUUACCCGAAAACCUUUUUUGGAAAAAAGAUGCAGAUCUCUCAGUUUAUUGAAUGAAGAAAAUUUAUCCAACCUAGAUCGGAGAAUGAUUUUGUCCGCUAAACUCCAUUAUAGACGAGAUGUUUUGCAGGUAA